AGUUAGGAAAAAAAGAGGUCCAAAGUUUUGCUUCAAACUUUAUCUCACCUUAAAUUAAAACAUAAGCUUUCUGAAAGGCUUCCUGGACUUUUCCGACAGAGUGGACAAAUAUGUGAGCCAUCUCGAGGCACCGUGAAGCGGACUUUGGCCUCUGUGGAAGAACAGAUAAGUUGAAGACAUGAGCAUCGAACCCGUGUACCUGAGGGUGUGAAAGGUGGUUACCAUGGCAGCGCAGUUCACUAUCGACGACGCCUUCGUGCUGGACGGAGACGAGGAGGGAGCUGUGUCCGAUGGAGACACGGAGGGAUGGGCGGCCAGAGACAAGGACCGAGACGGAGGAGAGAUGACAUUUGGGCCCCUCACGUUCUCCAAGCCUCAGACUCAUCCGUCACCUGCUGCCACCGGCUCCCCGGACCACAGCAACCUGAAGUACCAGAAUCUGGAAAAUGAAGAUGCUCUUGGCAGUAAUGCAAACUCCACUUUCAAUAACUUCUUCAAAAUCAGUGACCCUGCCACUCUGUCUUACUGCAGCUCUCAGUGGUCCUUCAGCACCCUCAGCUCUGUCACGCAGCUCUCCGCACACUGCUGCGGGUGGGUGUCCCAUCCACUGGUGAAGAAAAACAGAAGAGUUGUUCUUGCGUCAUUCCUUCUCCUCAUCACUGGAGUUGCUCUUAUUUUUACAGGUGUUGUCAUACAACUGAAUCCAAAUGCAGGUGUCUCAAGUGCCAUUUUCUUUGUACCUGGAUUUCUUCUCUUCAUCCCUGGCGUGUACCAUGUGAUCUACAUCAGCUGCGCUGUCCAUGGCAGAAGAGGCUUCAAGUUGUUCUACCUACCUUAUUUUGAGAAAUGACAUUUUAUGAGGCACUACAUUCCCACUACAUUCCCACUACAUUUCUUUAUUUGCCAUGUUAAUUGAACUCUUUUUGUCGUGAGUCGCAAAAGCUUCUUGUUACAUUGUUGUUGUGUUUUUCUUGUCAUUGUAAUGACCACUGUUACUUCAACCACUCAGUGUUGAGACUGUUUCCACUACGUGAACUGACGUUGUUGCACAUGUGCACACGAGAAGAGAUGGGUCUUGCCUGUGUUUGUCACGUUGUGUGAAUAAUGACUGUGAAACUACAAUAAAAUUU